AUGGCUGAACCCCAACAGGACAUGAGGGAGAAGCCUGCAGGUGAAUAUACACAAGAAGGCGCAAAUCAACAGUUGCCAACUGACCCAGGUGACAAUGCCAAACCUGAAGACAUCUGCCUAGUCAGAAUUCAGAGCCACAAAGAAAAUCAUGACUUCAUUCAAGUUGAACUGGAUAGACAAGAGCUGAGUUACCAAAAUCUACUAAAAGUGAGCUGCUGUGAACUGGGGAUUAACCCUGAGCAAGUGGAAAAAAUCAGAAAGCUACCAAACACACUACUCAGAAAGGAUAAAGACAUUCUAAGACUACGGGACUUUCAAGAAGUAGAACUAAUUUUAAUGAAAAAUGGAAGCUCUAAACUGAUAGAGCACACACCAUCUCUGUUAGAGAAGCCCUGCUACAACAGCAAUGCUGCAAAAAUGACAUAUUAA